AUGCAAAUACAGCCGGAUCAAUCCUACAUUCAGCAGCAUCUAAGGUCGAUCAUAAUUCAUUCAUUAGAUCAUUUCAACUAUUCAAAUGCUGAGUUUGCUUGUGAAAGAUUGUUGGCCGAUGAUCCAGACAAUCUAGAUUCUUUGUACCUAUAUUGCCUUACAUUAUUCAAAAAAGAAAGGUAUAAAUCAUGCUAUAACAUGGCCAGUAAUUUAUCGGACCAUUUAGGUUGCAGCUUUAUGUAUGCGAAGCUGUGUUUGAAAUUGAAAAAGUACAAGGAAGGGAUAUUUCAGUUGCUUAAGAUAAGCUAUCUUUACAAUGAAACUUCAUCAUUCUAUCAGGAUGACAGAUUCAAUCCAGCAUAUUUCACGACACCUCAAUCGAGAUACAAUUAUGAGAAUGCUCGUUCAGUGCUUCCAGAUCUGUCUACCAUUUAUCACCUUUUAGGGGAUUUAUAUAGGGGAAUGGGUGACACCAAGAAUAGUGCUCUUAAUUAUGGAGAAGCUUUAAAGUAUAAUCAGUUUGACUAUGAAGCAUUCCAGGAGUUGUGUAAGUUAGGUGUAAACGUCAAGGUUAAAGCAAUCUACAAGUCCAAUCUGGUUUUUAAUAGCGAAUAUCAAUCGCAAAUUAAAGAAAAGGAUAGCCUUAAAAUAUUAAAUGAUAUGAGUGGAAACAAUAUAACCAAUCCAUUUUCUGCUACUACUCUGAAUAAUGAAACUAAUAAUAACUCAAAUGGAACUAAUGCUAAUUCUAAUAAUUUCAACGGUAAUAAUGCAAAUUCAAAAUCACAAACAGAUGAUAGCUUUAGUAAUCCGAUCUCCACUCCAAGGGUGACAGUGCCGAGUGUUCCAGACGCACCUUUAAGAAAAGCAGGGACCAACGAUGCUUUAACCAAUCGAUUCGAAUUUACCAAGCCAAGUUUUCCAAUAGAUACUACCAGCACAUUAGGUAUAGAUCAUAAUUCAAGAAAGCCUAAGAGAGAAAGUACUUAUUCAAAGAUUACUUCCAGAUUGAUUUCUCAGCCUACCACUAAUAAACCUACAGAUAAUGUAUCAUCUAAUUUAAAUAAUAAUAAUGUUAACAAGCGAACAGCUGUGCGUGGUAGCUUGAAAAGAAAUAGUCCUAAUAGUUUUUCCACCAAUACUCAUAACAGUAGCGAACGUCAUCAAGCACCAUUGAGCAUUAUGGCAAAUAAAGAAAUAGAAUUUGGCGAUAAUUAUUUACUAGGACUUUAUAUCGUAUUUUCUAAGGGCUUCAAAAGCAUGUGUAAAUAUGAUUGCUACAAAGCUAUUCGGAUUCUAGAGUCGUUACCUCAGAAAGAAAAGGAAACUCCCUGGGUUUUGAGUAAAUUGGGAAGAUUGCAUUAUGAAAUUGUAAAUUAUAAACAAUCAGAGUAUUUCUUUGUCAAACUAAGAAAAUUAGAUAGAACAAGACUUGAAGAUAUGGAAUAUUAUUCAACUUUAUUGUGGCAUUUGCAUAAGAAAGUGGAACUAACUUACCUUGCAAAUGAAUUACAUGAUCUAGACUCACAAUCUCCAAUAACUUGGUGUACAAUUGGUAACUUGUUUUCUUUGACUAGAGAACCCGAUGAAGCUAUAAAAUGUUUCAAUAAGGCUAUUAAGUUAGAUGAGAACUUUAUUUAUGCGUACACAUUAAAGGGUCAUGAAUACUUUGGAAACGAUAACUACGAAAUGGCUUUGGAGAAUUUCCGUAUAAGUUUAUUAAUUGACUCUAGACAUUACAAUGCUUUAUACGGUAUUGGAAUGGUAUACAUCAACCUUGGUGACUACCUAAAAGCAGAUUAUCAUUUCCGUAAAGCUGUUUCUAUCAAUCCUAUCAAUGUAAUCUUAAUAUGUUGUGUUGGGAUGGUACUUGAGAAAGUUGGUAAAAACAACUUAGCUUUAAGACAAUAUGAAUUAGCAAAUAAGCUUCAACCAUUAAACCCAUUACCAAUAUUUAAAAAGGCUCAAUUAUUAUUCUCGAUGCAACAAUUCCAACAGGCACUUCAUUAUUUCAAGGUUUUAAAAGAUUUGGCUCCUGAUGAAGCUUCUGUUCAUUUCUUGUUAGGCCAAUUGUACAAUAUUCAAAACGAUAAGUUUCAAGCCAUAAAAGAAUUUACCAUCGCAUUAAAUUUGGAUCCAAAAGGAAACUAUUUAAUUCGUGAAGCAAUGGAAUCCUUGAAGGAUAAAUAG